AUGUUAAGCGGGAUAGAAGAAUAAAUGUUUAAUUUGCCUAAAUAGGGUGCCCGUGAAAAAGUGUUUAAUUAGCCCCAAUCAAGGCGGAUGCCGUCUGCCCAGACCGGAGGGAUUUUGUUCUUCACUCGCCAUUUGUACGCCAUGCAGCUGGGAGCGCGCGGUUUUGGAAGCGGACACCGCCCAGUUCCACCAAGCCAUUUGUUAGCUUGCCUCGUGGCCUUAGCUUUUAUUCUGCCAAUAGUUGUUUCGGUUCCCGAAGAAAACCCCGUGUACUACUACGUGGGCUGCUACACUGCCCGCACGGACUUGCUCCGGGAGUCAGUCUACGCCAAGGAACCCCGGACGUGCAUCGAAAUCUGCGAGCACGUGAAGCAUCGCUACGCGGUUCUGGUUUCGGAGAAGUGCUUCUGUGCCGAUGCCCUGGUACCGGAUGAUCAGCAGGAUGAGAUGCUCUGCAGCAUUCGCUGUUUGGCCAAUAAGGCUCAGUACUGCGGGGGAGUGGGUGUCCACUCGUACUACUCCACCACGCUGACCAAGCAGCCCGCUCCACACCACCUACGAGUGGCUAAUCGUAGCGAGAACAGCCUAACCGUCGUCUGGGACGCAUAUGAAUCCAAGAAGCUCCUCCUUGCCGGCGCGGCGGAAGCUUUGCUGCCCGAGCGAAAGAUUGAAAAGUUUCUGAUACGCGCUAACGUCGUAAGGACGUACUCUUCCUUGCCAGCUUUUCCUCAGCCCGAGUUUCUGGUCCAGAGCACAGAGACCCGGUUCGAGGUCACGGAUCUGCACCCGGCCACGCUGUACAACGUUUCCGUUCGAGCUAUUUGCAGCGAGAAGCAGAUGGAUCAGACUGAAUGCGGUCAGGCCUCGGUGGAAGCCAACACUGAGGUGGGAGUGCCCAGUCCUCCUCCGGGACAACCAAAAGUCCUUGGUCAGGCUGGCAAAACAAUGGAUGUAGAGAUAUCGCCCAUUCGGAAUGACAACGGCCCCGUUUCCCAAGUGCUAAUCAUCGUGGAGUAUGUGGAUGAUUCUCUGAGCCAGCCAUUUGACUCACAGCUCCUGGGAAGCUGGAAGCAAGCACAGCAGUACGGAGUGUCCUAUUAUAUAGCCGCAGAGCUGGACUACGACCGACCGGAAGAUAAUCGCACCCGUCGUUUUAAAGUUGGGGACGCCAAGUGGUAUGGACGCUUUCAAAAUGCCCCCUUAGACCAGGCGGGAGCUCAUGUUCACAUUAGCUUGGGAGUGGUAAGCACCCUGGAUGGCAUUACCAAGACUCUGUAUACCCGCGGAACCCACGAUCAGCAUGUCACAUCCCUGGACGACUUCAGCUAUGCUACCUUCGAUAAAGGUCAGUCCUCGGUGGUGGCCCUAGCUGUAACAUGCGUGAUUUUUGGAAUAUGCCUGUUACUGAGCCUUAUUGCUUACUUCUAUCUGCGUUACAAGACCUGCCGGGGAAGGCGGUUGACGGGUCGGAAUGGCCACGAGAUGACUCUGCAAACGCCAAUAAUCGAAAGAGAAAAUAAUGGAUACUUGGUCGAGGACGAACCACUGCCCCACUCGCCAGAAAAUUUCAAACAGCAGCUCCAACAGCUUGUGGAGGGGUUUGAGAGGAUUCCCAGAAACGCUCUCCGCUUAAAUGUCAACGAUGUGAUCGGAGAUGGAAGCUUCGGAGAAAUUAUUACUGGAAAGGUGCUAUCCAAUGAAGCAGCAAAAGAAUGCGCCCUGCAUGUACUCUCCUUGGAUGAACUGAAUGGUACUACACAGGCGCAAUUGCUGAGGGAACUGCGGCAGCUGUCGUACCUCAACCGGCAGGAACACCUAUUAGAUUUCUACGGAGUUUCUGCAAGUCUCGACUGGUUCUACCUGGUCUUUGAGCAUCAGCGCGUGAGCCUCAAAAGGCGGUUGGUGGAAAGCCGGUUGAUGGCGCCUUCGCCACGUUUGACAUCUCUCUCGGAGCAGCUGCUGCUGCAGUGGAUCUAUGAGCUGGCCAGCGCCAUGUUCUAUUUGGUCAACUGCCAGGUGGUGCAUCGACAGCUCUGCUCGCACAGUGUUUUCGUAACAAAUGAAUCCAAGCUGAAGCUGAGCGUCUUUGGGCCACUUCAGUACAUGAACAGCAGUCGCCAACAAGGGGAUCAUAGUAGGUGGCUAGCGCCGGAGGUACUGCGCCACCAACAGAACCAUUCUGUGCGAUCGGACGUGUGGUCGCUGGCCUGCGUGGCCUGGGAGUGCUGCUCCCUGGGUGGAACGCCCUAUGCUAACGUCGUGGCCAAUAACCAUCAGCUGCUCGAGGCCAUCCGGGCAGGAGUUCGUCCCGCUCAGCCAGCGUAUGUCUAUGGAGAUCUCUACCAGCUCUUACUCAACUGCUGGCAGUUGGAGCCGAGUGAGCGCAGCAGUUGCGAGGACGUGGCUUUCGGAGCACGUCAGCUCAUGACCUCACCUCGCCAUGCUCUCAGCUUCGAUCGGGUUGCGGGCGGAUUAGACACCCUGCCUCCCUACUUGCCGCAGCUGGAGACCAUACCGAUGAUGGGAUAAUAUACUGAAUAGAAAUAAGCUUUAGUCAGAGAGAAAUUAUUCGCCUACAGUGGAAUGCUGCUGUGAGUCACCGAGAGAAUCUCUCAUCAGUUCGGAAAUUUGUUUAUUUUCCUCCCAAAAUUCAAGAAGUUUUCUUUGAAUUUGUUGCACCUAGGCAGUCUUCUAUUUAUGUUUAGUUACAACCUAACUGCAUUGGUUAGAACCAAUCUUGUAAGUCGCAUAACUUUUAUGAAAAGCAUUCCUUUAGUAUUUUAUUAUUAAUUUGAGACGCACAAUCUACUUAUGUAUAUAUUUACGAGAAAUCCAUUGACUUUCGAAGCAAAUAAAAGCGUGUUCAUGUCA